GGCCUCCGCUUUCUAAUGCGCGUGCGCGAUCAUGUGAGUGAGGGAAGAGAGAGAGAGAGAGAGAGAGAGAGAGAGAUAUGACUCCACACCAAGAGAAACAUAACACAAGCCCGGCUGAUGAAAUCUAAAUGCGUACGAAUGUCAGAAACGAAGAAACUUGUGACGCUGGGCGCCCAUUAGUGGAUUAACUGGAAGACAGGAGCUCUUCAAAUCGGAGCUAACCACCGGUCCAUUCGAGUUUUCUUUCCCGUCCGCACCGCCCCCACCCUCCACACAAGCUGGAAGUCUCUAGUCUCGCCUGCCCGACGCUUUUGUGCUUUUUGGACUUGGACGCGUUUUACAGGGUGAUUGAAGCUGAGGGUGAUAUUUUUGGAUCCCCAGCAAGUGGCUAGUGAUGGCAAGCUCUGCUUCAGCAGAAUCCGCUUGCUCUGGAGGUGCCAGUGGCCCUUCAGGAGAAGGCAGCAGUCAGGACAGCACCUUUGAGUGCAACAUCUGCUUGGACACAGCGAAAGAUGCGGUCAUCAGUCUGUGUGGACAUCUGUUUUGCUGGCCCUGUUUACAUCAGUGGUUAGAGACCAGGCCAAACAGACAAGUGUGUCCAGUGUGCAAAGCUGGGAUCAGUCAUGACAAAGUCAUCCCUUUAUAUGGCAGAGGAAGUACAGGACAGCAGGACCCGAGAGAAAAAACACCACCGAGACCUCAGGGCCAGAGACCUGAACCAGAAAACAGAGGGGGCUUUCAAGGUUUUGGUUUUGGAGAUGGAGGUUUCCAGAUGUCCUUUGGGAUUGGUGCCUUUCCUUUUGGUAUUUUUGCUACAGCAUUCAAUAUUAAUGAUGGCAGACCACCUCCAGCUGUGCCUGGAACACCCCAAUACAUGGAUGAACAGUUUCUGUCCCGUCUUUUCCUCUUCGUUGCCCUACUGAUUAUGUUUUGGCUGCUUAUAGCUUAAUGGGAGAAAUGAAAACACACAUGAAAGAGUGGAAGAGAAACAAACAACACAGAGCACACUUAAAAUGACUCUGCCUUCCCCCAUUUCAGGUUCUCAGUAACAAUUGAAUUGAGGAGAUAUCUUUAUAAAUCUGUACUCUGUUUUGCAUUUGGUGAAGAAUUUACAUUUUUACAUAAACAAUUGAUAUUAAAUUAGCCAGGAAAAAUUUAAUAGAAUACUCUAAUAGGAUUUACGGUUUUAAGCAGUUCAGUGAUAUUGCUUACGUAGAAACACUUGUCUAAGCAAUUUAAAUCCUCAUUCAGGGAAAGUGUAAGACUUGUAUCGAGUUUGUAAUAAAAUUACCAAAUAGAUGUAAUGCUUUGGUGAAACUGUAAAUGAACUGGAAUUUCUUUGGGAAACCAGCAUACUCUGUUGGAAGCAAGUGUUAAUGUAAAAUCAUGCUUACUUUGAGAGCAACUAAUAUUUUAUUGGAAUCAUGUCAGUUUACUAGUUAAAGAAAAAAAAUAUUUUAAAAUAUAUUUUUAAGCUUUUCUUGUCUUUAAAAUACUUUGAAGUAUUAGUAGCAAUCAAAAUGUCUUGGGAGUACAUUUUUGUACCGCCGGUUGCCAUCAUUUGAAAUGCUGGAGUGCUGUAAUAGUUACGUUGAAUCUUUUAUGUAAAUUUUAAAUCCACGUACAGCAGCUCGUUUAAUAUUAAUAAUUACUUAAAUGGUGUACUGUACACGGAGAACAGUAGAUGGCAGAUCUGAGCUUCUAAAAAUGAAUGUGAAACAGUGAUAAUAAAGACUGUGUGCAGUCAGUCAUUGGAGGCCUGGUUUGUGGCAGACCUUAGCUUAAUUUAGUAGGCAGGAGGGUGGAAAAUCUAUUCACUAGUAAUUUCUUAAUUUCCUUCAGGCUUUUUUUUUUUUUUUAAUACUGUUUUGGCCAGUACCCUGCAUGACCCCCUUUAUGUUUGACAGUUUAGAUUCUUGAAACGCAUGUAAAAACAAAACAGGUUCUCUAACAGAAAGAAAAUAUAAAACACACACAUUUAACAUGGUGGGGAGUUGACUUGCGUCCCUUUUGUCUUUUCAGUUUUGCUUCCUGAAUCUACCUUGAUGGUGACUACAGAUAACCUUUUUUUUUAAUCGCAUUGUGUGUUCAUUUUAAGAGUCCGCCUUUCUUAGUGUGGCACAUUUGAAGAAUUGAGGGCUGGACUGGUUUCCUUGUAAAUCAAGGCUGAGUAGCCAACAAGGUCUGUGAAGGAUGUGUGAUAAAGCUUUGGCACAACACCAUGGUCAUCAAAUAGGGAAACACUUGCUUCUCAAUUUGUGAAGUGGCUCCUGUUUUUAUGCCUGUUCAGGUUUUUUUUUUUCUUGUAGAGGGUUUUCAGGAAGGUUCAUUUUCAACAUACUCGUCUGUGUAAAUUUGCAGUAUAGUUCUGUAAAGUCUUUAACUGUGGUGUUAAGUAGUUACACUGUCCAUUUAAAUCUCACCUCAGUUAGAAAUAGUACAGCGUUUUUAUUUUCACGGUUAUUUACUUACUGCAUCAUUUUUUUUCUUUUCAUACUCCAGAUUUUUAUGGUUUGUUUGUUUUGAAAAGAAAAACCAUUAGGCAUGUCCUUUUCCUUUUAUUGAAGUAGAACAUGACUCCAGUAAUGGGCCACAGCUUCCUUUAUUAUACUGUUGCCACCUUUCAAAAAUUGUUUAAACUACUAAUACUUAAAUCUGCUUGCACUCUAAUAAUUCAUACUUUAAGAAAAAUUGUAUGAACAAAUAAUGUUCAGUGCUAUAUAAAUAACUACACAAGAAGCUGAAAUGCUAGUUUGAAUAAAUAAAAACCAGUAUUUUUUUUUCUUCCUUCAAGGGAAAAAAGCGCACUUAUUUAUUUAAACUGAAGUGCGGGUAGAAAACAGGAGAUUCAUCUCAAUUAUAAUUGUUUUUAAUCUAGCAUUUAGAUAAUGCUUAUCUAGCCACUUUUAAUAUGUCAUUUAUUAACAUCAACAACAAUUUUGCAUGUAACUGAAUGAUUUAUGCAUUGUGCACAACUCUCAACUGUGUAAACUACAGUACAUCUUUAAGUUAAGAUUGGUGGAAAGGCUAAAGAAUGCAGGCAUGUGCUGUGGAAUAAAAAGUUCAAAUAUGCUUAUCAGACAUGAGCGCCUCCACGCCUGUGUAAAGCUGGCCAGCUCUGAUAUGGAAGUAACCGCGUACACAUCUGAUGUGCAGUUUAUGUCAAUAGUCACCUUUUUGACAUCGCCAAUGGCAUUUGCAGUUUCAUCAUGAUUGUUUGGCACAUCAAGUCUUUUUUACUUUUGUUACACUUUGAACUGUGCAAUUGUUUUUUUUUCCCUUUAAUGCGGAUUAAGGAAUCUAUGAAAUCUGUUGAUAGAAUGUGUACAAAAUGUAUUUCUUAAAUGUUCAUUAAUCUCUGACAUCUAUGUACAGUAAUUAUGAAAUGAAUAAAUGUAUUUUUGAACAGUU